CCCAGCAGUGGACCCUGACCUGAGAGUGACCCCCACUCAGGUGCCCCAUUUCUCAAAGGCCUGCAUCCUCCUCUCGGGGUGCACCCUGCCCCUCCCUGAGUCACCCCAUAGGAGAGGGGGAAAAAAGGGAAGAGAAAAGAGGCAUCACCGAGAGAGGAAGGAAAAGGAAGCAGCAGAGGGAGGCGAGGCCAUAGGGGAGCGGAGGCUGAGGGCAGCCGAGAGGGCAGUUCUGGGCCCAGGAGGGCAGCAGGAGACCAGAGCACACGGGCCAGAACCCCAGCAGCACCCCCAGAGCCGGGUAGUGGGGGCGGGGAGCCAAGGGGCGGGACGGCCAUGUCCCACGGGACCUACUAUGAGUGUGAGCCCCGGGCUGGCCAGCAACCACUCGAGUUCUCAGGGGGCCGCUCAGGGCCCGGGGAGCUGGGGGACAUGUGUGAGCAUGAAGCGUCCAUCGACUUGUCUGCCUACAUCGAGUCGGGCGAAGAACAGCUCCUCUCGGAUCUCUUCGCUGUGAAACCAGCCCCGGAGACCCGAGGCCUCAAGGGUCCUGGCACCCCUGCUUUCCCCCACUACCUGCCACCUGACCCCCGGCCCUUCGCCUACCCCCCGCACACCUUCGGACCCGACAGGAAGGCCUUAGGGCCGGGCAUCUACAGCAGCCCGGGCACCUACGACCCGAGGGCCGUGGCAGUGAAGGAGGAGCCCCGGGGCUCAGAGGGCAGUCGAGGGGCCGGUAGAGGCAGCUACAACCCUCUGCAGUACCAGGUGGCUCACUGCGGGCAGACAGCCAUGCACCUGCCCCCUGCACUGGCACCACCCAACCAGCCACUGCGCGUCCUCAAGGCCCCUAUCACCGCAUCCGGAGCCCCCUGCAGCCCCCUCCUCAAGGCGCCCUCCCCUGCGGCCCCAGCACACAAGGGCAAGAAGGCGGUGAACAAGGACAGCCUGGAGUACCGGCUGCGGCGGGAGCGCAACAACAUCGCUGUGCGCAAGAGCCGCGACAAGGCCAAGAGGCGCAUCCUGGAGACGCAGCAGAAGGUGCUGGAGUACAUGGCAGAGAACGAGCGCCUUCGCAGCCGCGUGGAGCAGCUCACCCAGGAGCUGGACACGCUCCGAAACCUCUUCCGCCAGAUCCCCGAGGCCGCCAGCCUCAUCAAGGGCGUGGGGGGCUGCAGCUGAGGGAAACUGGGGCGAGCCUGGGACUCAGCCGGGACUGGCCCCAGAGCAAUGACUCUGGUUGAAUAAAAUUGCACUUGGAGGGCCAGGAGCAAUAGCACAGGGGUUAGAGGGUUUGUCUUGCAGGAAACCACCAGCAAACCAUAUGGUCCCCCAGCACCGUCAGGACUAAUUCCUGAGUGCAGAGACAGGAAUAUUUCUUGAGCAAUCGCUUGGUGUGACUGAAAAAUAAAAACAUAUAUUUUU